GUUAAUGUUGGGAUGAUAUGGAAGUGGAGGUGUGAACAAGAGGGAGAGAGAAGGUGGUAUGGAUGGAGAAGAGGCCUGAAUAGGAUGUUUCCCCACGUCCGGUGCGGUGCUGAGUAGCUGGGCGCACGGGUGGUGCGGUAUAUUUUUGUGUAGGCGAGUAAAGGCGACGAUUGUCAUGUUAACUAGCUUUGUAGUCUUAUUCACCUUAAGCUUCUUAAUCGCCGUGUCAUUCUUAUGUAUCCACCCGCGGAGCCAUUCUAACGUAAUACUCAUGCGCAAAGUGGGGAUGUUGACAAUCACUACAUCGGAGGUACUAUUUAGGAAAGAAAUUGAUCGAGUAAAAAAAGAACCGCGGAGAUCCGAGCCGGGCGACAAUCCGAAGCGAGAGGAUCGUCCCGGUAAACAAAAAAGUAGGGUAGAGGAGUCAGGGCUAUGGGAUCCCAGUACGCUCACGUGUCAUGCCGUUGUUGGGGAACAGUGUCCCUUAUAGCACGCGUACUAUAGGCGAGGGGCCC